AUGUCUAUAGGUGCAGCAGCAGUUCUUGUUUGUCUCCCAUCCGACAUCGAAGCGCUAUCACUGAACAGUGGCAUUCUACAGACUACGCAAUGGGCACUCAUCAUCGUCGCGACCGCAGUUAUCGGUGCCCGGCUGUACCUACGACUCCACAUCCAGAAGCGUCGACUACUAACUAGCGAUUAUUUCAUGUGUGCGGCCUGGGUCACGAGUAUCAUGUCAGCCGCCGUCGACCUCAAAUUUCUCGAGUUGGAAGCACUAGAUCCGGACCUCCAGUCGACGCUAGUUAACUACAAGAGUACACCUGAGGAUAUUGUCUUGGUCUUGAAAUUAUUUUGGUUUGGCCAUAUUCCCUAUCAUGCCACCUUUUACCUGUGCAAAGCUGCCCUGUUGGCAAUGUACGUACAGGUUGUUCCCGAAUUCAUGGCCAAGAGAUGGGUGUAUGUCUGGUUUACGAUUGCUUUCGUGGCACUCGCCUAUGUGGCCACCAUGCUUGCCAUGUUCUGCGUCUGCAUCCCUGUGAGCGGAAAUUGGGACUUGGAUCCCAAAACAUGCCCCCCAUCUUCUCUUACGACGGAAUUCCUGACUGCCUGUGCUUUGCAUCUCGUCGGUGAUCUUAUGAUCUUUACAAUACCGUGGCUCAUCAUACCUGAGCUAAAUAUGAAAGGAGCUCUCAAAUGCGGCUUCUACUUCACCUUCCUACUAGGCACCGUCAACAUCGCUGUCUGCUUGGUACGCUGCAUCAAGAUCAUAACAAGAGCUAAUGAGAUUACUCUGGCAGAAGCUGAGUUCUGGGCUUCACUCGACCUGUACACUGCUCUUGUUGUCGCUUGUUUACCUUCUUUGAGGCCAUACUUUGGAUUGCGCAAGAGUCCUCACUCUUGUUCGUCCAGGUCUGGAUUGAACAGGGCGAACAAGUCAGCAACGAUGGAAUUUUCAAGCAUUGAUCCAACGGGGCGAGUCCUUACCGAGGAUUUAAACCGCGAGCCUGUCGACGAGCUCACAGACCAUUACUUGCAGCACGAAGCUGCCUUUACGACCAAUGACGACCAAUCACGGUGGAAGAGCAGGAGAAUGUAUGAAACAAAUUUGGAACUAGACCAAGUGCAUUCACGAUAAAGGGGGGACAUACUAGAAAAACAGUACGGCUUUCAAGGCCGUAUGCGACAUUAAGGCUAGAUCCUGGAUUUGUUUCCUUCCUGAAUAACAGACUUG